AUGACGAUAGUGCCCGACUAUCAGCUGCCGGUGCUCGGAGAGCCACCAGCUGCGGAAAAGCGCAAUAGAUCGAUGGAGGUUGCGCAAAAUAAGUCGAAAAGAGCCAGGACGCAAGGCCCCACCUUUGCUGAGGUAGUCAAAAAUCGGAUCCUCCUGGGUGUGCUCGAUGAGAACCAGGGAGACGAAUUGGCACUGAGAGCUCAUUGGAAAUGGGUUAAAGCGGAAUUGGCGAACAUCUGCGUCAGCGUGCUUCGGGAGCACCCCGGACCACCUCCGAUAUGCCGGGACGCAGGUUGGUUCCAAGGUAACGUAAAGAUCGUCGCGUGCGACGAUGAAAGGUCGGCGGGCAUGUACAAGAAGGCGAUGGCCAUGCUGGGAGAGGUCUACCCCGGAGCGAUGCUACGGGCUGUGGACUUCAAGGACAUCCCAUCCAGGCCCAGAGCAAGGGCAUGGAUACCGGCCAAACCGACCGAACCAGAGAGAGUGCUUGAGAUUAUAAGGCUCUUUAAUCCCGAGUUACCCUCUCACAAUUGGAAGGUGGUGCGGCUAGAGCACAGCACAAAGGCGACUCGUCAGGCGGUCCUUUUGCUAAAUAAGGAGUCGUUGCCACUCCUCGAAAAGACUGGGGGCGUCAUCAAUUACGGUUUCGACACCGCAAAGAUAAGGGUGUACACGAACGACGUGAACGCAGCAAGAGGCAACGAAGUUGAGCCGGAAGCAGACAACAGCGAGGAUGAGGUGGACGAGGAAUCCAACCAGGCCAAUCCGAUGGAUGACCUGGCUGGUGGAUACGCCUCAUCUACAUCCUCUCUGGGUGUCGACCAUAUCUUCCGGCAAUACACAGAAGAGGAGCUGAUGUCAGAUGACGACGAGGCGAACUCAACAGUGGUGGAGGGGGUGGGAAGGUGCGGCCAAGAUGGUUCGCGUCCUCCAGAUUAAUCUCCACCACAGCAAAGCAGCGUCGGCUGCACUGCUGCUCCAGCUCUCCAAGGGGGCAGCAGACAUCGCCCUCAUCCAGGAGCCUUGGGUGAUAGGGCAUGGAAUAUGCGGGCUGAAGUCGGCAGAGCACACUUUGAUAAGUGGAGCUACCAUAGUUCAGUGACGAGGACACCACCACCAUCAGUCUGGAGGCGAACGGACGACAAAUAAGGCUUGCCUCGAUGUAUCUGGCACACGAC